AUGGAUGGGGUGUUCGAAAGGACUCAUUGUGAUCCGGAUGACUACGUAGCCUAUGGCACGGGUCAGUUAAGGGGUCAAGCGAAAGACUGGUGGGAUAACAAGAAAAAGGAAAUUGGAAGCGAAGCGGCUAAGGCUAUGACAUGGGAUGAGUUUAAGACGCCGUUUCUUAAACAUCACAGUCCCAAGGCAGUCAUUAACAAGAUCAAGGAAGAAUUCAUGCUGCUUCGACACAAGGGUGAAUCUAUUGACAAAAUCACGGGAAUAUUCAUGGAUAAGAUGAAGGAGUUUAUGACUCCUUCAAAGUAUGAGACUCUCACCGAAAUUAUAAACGUUGCUCGGGAACGGGAGAUAGAGUUGAAGAAACAGAUUGAAAGAGGUGAAAGAAGGGCUCAGAUAGUCAAUCCAAGCCCAACGAAAAAGGCGCGCACAACAGAAUCCUCAAAGAAACAAGAAGGUAAAGGCGGGUCAUCAAACUGCAAGAUAUGUGGGAAGGGGCACAAAGACGGGACACACGGCUGCAUUUUGCCCGGGAAAGGUGUCGGUGUGUUACAAAUGCUACCAUCGGUGUGUUACAAAUGCUACCAACCGGGUCACAAGAAAUCUAAGUGCCCGGAGUUGGUUGGAAAGAAAGAUGACAAGAAUACACAUACUGAGACACCAAGAGCAAAGGCGAGAUCUUUCCAGUUGACAGCAAUGGAGGCAAAAACAGAGCCCGAUGUGGUCUCAGACUUGAUCCCUAUGUCAAUGGGAGAAUUUCAAGUAGUGGUAGGGAUGGAUUGGUUAUCCCGACAUCAUGCAAAGGUGAUAUGUUUCCGCAAGGAGAUACAGUUGACAUCUCCAAGUGGAAAGCAAGUCACCAUUUAUGGCGAAAAAGGGGGCAGUCCCGUUAUGUGUUCAAUACUAAAGGCCCACAAACUUAUGAGGCGCGGAUGUAAAGCAUUCAUGAUAUACGCAAACGAACCUAAUAAAGAGAUGCCAAAGAUGGAAGAAGUACCAGUGGUACGUGAAUACGCCGAUGUAUUUCCGGAAGACUUACCGGGAAUACCGCCAGUACGGGAGGUAGAGUUCGGGAUCGAAUUAGUUCCGGGCGCAAAACUUGUGGCCAAGGCGCCGUAUCGACUCGCGCCAUCAGAAUUGCAAGAAUUGAUGUCACAAAUCCAAGAAUUGCUCGACAAGGGAUUUAUUCGGCCAAGCGUGUCUCCAUGGGGCGCACCGAAUGAAGCAGAAUACGCAAGUCAUUUGCGUGAAGUGUUGGAGACGCUCAGGAAAGAGAAAUUGUAUGCGAAAUUCUCAAAAUGUGCCUUCUGGUUACGAGAGGUGCAAUUUCUUGGGCAUAUCAUUAGUGCAAACGGAGUGCUAGUAGAUCCUUCAAAAAUUGAAGUUGUGUCAAGAUGGACUCCACUGAAGAAUCCUUCGGAUAUUAGAAGCUUCUUGGGGCUUGCGGGUUAUUAUCGGAGAUUCAUACAAGAUUUCUCCAAAAUUGCUACGCCGUUGACCAAACUAACCCGUAAGGAUGAAAAGUUUAUUUGGGCUGAGGAUCAAGAAAGGGCGUUCCAAACGCUCAAGGAAAAAUUGACCCAUGCGCCGGUGUUGACAUUACCGGACGGAACGGAGGAUAUGGUAGUUUACUCGGAUGCAUCGCAUUCGGGACUUGGCUGCGUUUUGAUGCAGCGGGGCAAGGUUAUAGCCUAUGCCUCGAGACAGCUAAAGGCUCAUGAGAAGAGAUAUCCUACCCAUGACCUCGAGUUGGCAGCAGUGGUGUUUGCCUUGAAAAUAUGGAGGCAUUACUUGUAUGGGGUGAAGUGCACUAUCUUUACCGACCACAAAAACUUAAAGUAUUUCUUCGAUCAGAAGGAAUUAAAUAUGAGGCAGUGGCGGUGGUUAGAAACUGUCAAAGACUUUGAUUGUAAAAUACAUUACCACCCCGGGAAGGCGAAUGUAGUGGCAGAUGCGUUGAGCCGGAAGACAGAUUAUACACCUAUUCGAGUACAAUCGAUGCACUUAAUUGUGACAUCGGGUUUGCUUGAGCAAAUCUGA